UCUCCCCCCCCCUCCCUUCUAUGCAUUGAUGCAUUGAUCCACUACUGUCCGGGUUGAUGGAAUUGGUGCAAAGCUUUGUAAUAUCAAAACGCUGCAGAUAAACUUCUUCUUUCGCCGGGGUGGAAAUCGGAAUGGCUGACAGCUUCGCCGUUACCUCUCUAGCGCUAUUAAAAAAAAAAAAAAAGACAGGCCUACAGGGGGUUGCCACAGAAUAGGUUUACGUUUCCCCCUUCUUUGAGGAAUGGUACCGCCCAAGCUUUGUAAGGCGGAGGGGGGGGAUGAAUGGACGAAACCAUUGACGAGGGAGGAGAGGAUCUGCAAGGGACCAUGAGUGAUGGUGACAAAAACCCCGCCAGCACCCCGACCCCGGUCAUCGACGUCCAAGGGGAUGGGCGAUGGAUGUCUUUGCACCACCGUUUCAUUGCCGACAGCAAAGACAAGGAACCUGAAGUCGUCUUCAUUGGGGACUCCCUGGUGCAGCUGCUCCACCAGUUUGAGAUUUGGAGGGAGCUUUUCUCCCCGCUGCAUGCCCUCAACUUUGGCAUCGGGGGCGAUGCCACCCAGCACGUGCUCUGGCGCCUGCAGAAUGGAGAACUGCAGCACAUCCGCCCAAAGAUUGUGGUACUCUGGGUGGGCACCAAUAACCACGGACACACUGCGGAGCAAGUGGCUGCGGGCAUAGAGUCCAUCGUGCGCGUCAUCAAUCAGCAACAACCGCAGGCCCGCGUGGUUGUAUUGGGCUUGCUGCCACGGGGCAAAAACCCCAACCCGUUACGCGAGAAGAACAGGAGGGUGAACGAAUUGCUGGAGAGUAAGAUGCCGCUGCUACCCAAUGCCUCCUUCCUCAAUGUCGACCCGGGUUUUGUGCAUUCAGACGGGACUAUCAGUCACCAUGAUAUGUACGACUACCUCCACCUGACCCGCAACGGCUAUGCCAGACUCUGCCCCGGGCUGCACCGCUUGCUGCUCUGCCUUCUGGGAGAAUGCCAUGCUCAAACACCUUGAUGGAUGCCCGUCAAUCACACACCCAAGAGGCUUGUCGUUGGUUUUGAGGGACUGCCGGAGGCUUAGAAGCUAGAUUGAUUGCAGAUUGGCUGCAGAUUGGUUGCAGAUUGGCUGUUUUCAACCAUGCUGACUAUAAGGUAAGUGGACUCCAACUCCCAGAAUUCCCCAGCCAGCACAGCUGGCUGGGGAAUUCUGGGAAUUGGGAGUCCACCUGUCUUUAAAACUUGCCAAGGUUGGAAAAAAACCUCCUCCAGAGUGCCAAGUUUCCCACCCAUCUGGCAUUUGAAACUGGGUACUCCUUUACUAACUCCAUAAGCCUCCGUGUGGGUCGUUUUCUUGCAAGGGGUUUGGGAAA